CUGGCUUCAGAUACAGGCAUAUAUACAGAGAUGGCCAAACACAUGCUGAUUAAUUCAUGAUUAGUCAAAGUAUAAGUAGCAUUACUACUCCAAUCGUCAACUCUCACUGCAAUUUUAAUUGUAUAAAGAUGAAUUAUUGGAAAUUUCUGCAGCGACACAAGCAAGUAAAAUGGCGACGACAUGGCUGGCAACAGGCAGCGCUCCCGCGAAACUCUGCUUCCACAACAGUAGCAAGAGCGCAGCAAGAGGGGGAUUCAGCUGGAUCCUCUGCUCUGCAACAAAUCCUAGAAGCCUGACAAUAUCUGCGGCGGCCACAAGCGCCGAGCACACGGAGUGCGCGGCGGUGCCGCGGGAGCAGGUCGAGGUCAUCCGGUCGCUCAACGGCUGGGUGGCGGAGAACAUGCUCCCGCUGCUGGCCCCCGUGGAGUCCUCGUGGCAGCCGCACGAUUUUCUGCCGUGCUCUGCCGCGGCGGGCGCGGGCGGCGUGUCGGAGGCCGAGGCGCUGGCCUCGUUCACGGAAGGCGUGGCGCAGCUGCGCGCGGGCGCCGCGGGCGUUCCGGACGACGUCCUGGUGUGCCUCGUGGGCAACAUGGUGACCGAGGAGGCGCUGCCGACGUACCAGACCAUGGGGAACCGCUCGGAAGGCGCCUCCGAUGACACGGGCGUCAGCAGCCUCCCCUGGGCGCAGUGGCUGCGCGGCUGGACCGCCGAGGAGAACCGCCAUGGCGACCUCCUCAACCGCUACCUCUAUCUUUCCGGCCGCGUCGACAUGCGCCAGGUCGAGACCACCGUGCACCACCUCCUCCGCAACGGCAUGGAAAUGCUGAUGCCGAGCAGCCCGUACCACAGCGUGAUCUACGGCGCGUUCCAGGAGCGAGCGACGUUCAUCUCGCACGGCCACACGGGGCGGCUCGCGGGGCAGCACGGCGACCAGGCUCUCGCCAAGAUCUGCGGCGCCAUCGCAGCCGACGAGCGGCGUCACGAGGCGGGCUACAGCAGGGCGGCCGCCAGGCUCUUCGAGGUGGACCCGGACGGCAUGGUGCGCGCGCUGGCGCACGUCAUGCGCGGCAAGGUCACCAUGCCGGGCCUGCUCAUGUCGGACGGCCGCGACGCCGCCUGCGGCGACGGUACUCUGUUCGAGCGGUUCUCCGCGGUGGCGGAGCGCGUCGGCGUGUACACGGCGAGGGACUACGGGGAUUUGGUCGAGCACUUCGUGCGCAGGUGGCGGGUGGCGGAGCUCCGUGGGCUGUCCGGCGAGGGCCGCCGCGCGCAGGAGUACGUGUGCGGGCUGCCGCCCAAGGUCCGGAGGCUCGCGGAACUGGCCCACAAGAGGGCUGCGCGGAGCGAGGCCCGUCCGGUGCAGUUCAGCUGGAUCUUCGACAGGCCCGUCAUGCCGGGAUGAACCCCGGCCAGUCCUGGGCUGCGCUUCCGGAGUAAUAAUAAGCCUGCUUUCUUAUGUUAACCAAGUUUAAGUUGUCAAUGUAAUAUCCUGGGUGUUCUCAAAAACAAAAUGUAAUAUCCUGUGAAUCCAUGAGAUACCGUGCAUCCAGUUAAGUCCAUUUACCACCCUAA